CUGCCUCAACUAAAUGUUGUAACCAUCCACCUCUCUCCCAAACUGACAUUUUCUGAAGGAGCAUCCAUCUCCCACUCAGAUCAUCCUGCCCUCCUGGAAUGAAGAAGUAGAGAGUCAUUCACAAAGAAACAUCACAGGAAGAAGGGGAUAGAGCAGCAGGUCUGAGUUCAGCUGACGAGGAGAACACAGGACAAUGGGGAUGUUCCUGCCUGGGGAUCAUGGGCUGCUCCUUGGGCUCUGGAACUCUCUGUUGCACAGAUUUCAGACUGAAAAAUCCUGGACCAGACGCCUGGAUGAAAUCAGUUUGCUGCAGCAGAAAAGGAUCUGGGAGUCCUCCUUGCUCCAGGCUGCCAAGGAAAAUGAUGUCCAAACCAUCCAGAAACUGCUCACCUGCCAUACUUGUGAUAUUCAUCAAAGAGGUGCCUUGGGGGAGACAGCUCUUCAUGUGGCUGCCUUGUAUGAUAGUGUGGAGGCUGCACAGAUGCUGAUGGAUGCAGCUCCAGAACUUGUCAAUGAAGCAAUGACAUCAGAAUUCUAUGCAGGGGAGACUGCUCUCCACAUCGCUGUGGUGAAUAAGAACUUCAAACUUGUGAAGGCGAUGCUUGAGAAGGGGGCUGAUGUCAACAACCCACAGGCCACUGGCUACGUCUUCAGACUCAGCAGCCACAAUCUCAUUUACUUUGGGGAGCACAUCUUAUCCUUCGCAGCCUGUGUAGGAAGUGAGGAGAUCGUCCGGUUGCUCAUCAAACAUGGAGCCAACAUCAGAGCACAAGACUCCUUGGGGAACACUGUUCUCCACAUCCUGGUUCUCCAACCCAACAAGAUUUUUGCCUGCCAGAUGUACAACUUCCUUCUCUCCUAUGACAAGAGCGAAAGGGAGCUGGGAGCCCUGGACUUAAUCCCUAACAACAAGGGGCUCACUCCAUUCAAGCUAGCUGGGGUUGAGGGCAACACUGUGAUGUUCCAGCACCUUAUGCAGAACAGAAAGCACAUCCAGUGGACCUUCGGCCCCCUGGUCUCUACCCUGUAUGACCUCACAGAGAUCGACUCGUGGGGAGAUGACCAAUCUCUCUUGGAACUCAUUGUCACCACCAAGAAAAGAGAAGCCCGUCGGAUCCUGGACCUAACCCCUGUGAACGAGCUGGUAAGCCUGAAGUGGAAUAAAUAUGGGCGUCCCUAUUUCUGCAUCUUGGCCUUGUUCUAUGUGCUGUACAUGAUUUGCUUCACCAUGUGCUGUGUCUACCGACCUCUAAAACGUCGACAGAGCAACAAAACACACGAAAGGGACAAUACCAUCUACGUCCAGAAACUGCUGCAGGAAUCUUAUGUGACUCCCGAGGACAAUCUGAGGCUGGUAGGGGAGCUGAUCACGGUGAUAGGAGCCAUAGUAAUAUUGAUCCUUGAGAUUCCAGAUAUCUUCAGAGUUGGAGUCACCAAGUACUUUGGACAAACUAUUCUGGGAGGACCUUUCCACAUCAUCAUCAUCACCUAUGCCUGUAUGAUCCUGGUGACCAUGGUGAUGCGUCUCACCAGCACCACUGGAGAGGUGAUCCCCAUGUCCUUUGCCCUGGUGCUGGGCUGGUGCAAUGUCAUGUACUUCGCACGAGGCUUUCAGAUGCUGGGACCCUUCACCAUCAUGAUACAGAAGAUGAUAUUUGGAGAUCUCAUGCGCUUCUGCUGGCUCAUGGCAGUGGUGAUACUUGGCUUUGCAUCAGCUUUUUACGUCAUCUUCCAGACUGAAAACCCCGAUGAGCUGGGCCACUUCUAUAACUACCCCAUAGCUCUCUUCAGCACCUUUGAGCUCUUCCUCACCAUCAUCGAUGGGCCCGCCAACUAUGAAGUGGACCUGCCCUUCAUGUACGGCAUCACCUACUCUGCCUUCGCUGUCAUUGCCACCCUCCUCAUGCUCAACUUGCUCAUCGCAAUGAUGGGUGACACCCACUGGCGCGUGGCCCAUGAGCGGGACGAGCUUUGGAGAGCGCAGGUUGUUGCCACUACUGUCAUGCUGGAGCGGAAACUCCCACAAUGCCUCUGGCCUCGCUCUGGGAUAUGUGGGCUGGAGUAUGGCUUGGGGGACCACUGGUACCUCAGGGUGGAAGACCGAUGCGAAGGCAGGCAGCACAAGAUGCACCGCUACAUGGAAGCAUUUAAGUCCCAGAUCACAGAAGACUUUGACAAGUACUCACAGAAGAAACAGGAGCUGGAGGAUGAGAAGGACAUGGAGGCUCCGUACAGGAAGAAGACCCCUUGCAGCACUCCAGCUGUGUCGCCAAGCCUGUCCCGGAGGAGCUCCAGUCAUGGCUGGGACAUCCUGAGGCACAGCACCCUAGGCCAGCUGUACGGCCAUGUCAACCUUGCCAUGGAGAAGGAAGAGGAGGUCUACCAUGUCUGAGUGACUGCUCGUCUGCCUCCUUGCAGUGAGUGAUCCCUCUCUCCUGCCAGUGGUAAAGGCCACGUUCCGGCAUGGACACCUUGCAGUAGUGAAUGUCCUAUUGCCUGCACUUCCGUGUGGACGGCUCACUCCACAGCAGCUCUCUGUGGGGCUAAAUGGAGUGCCUGGAGCGUGUGAGGACAUGGGGCUGGUCACCCAUUGCAGGAAUGUAAACACUCACUAACUUCUUCCCCACCAACCCAUUCAAGAGGAAAAAUGUCCGAUUCCUCACACAGAUGGCAGUACUGCUAAAGUAUAUUCACUAGUGCAAACAUGUAGCAGUGCCCUCAAGUGGAGGCCUGUGGAAGGUGCGUCUGCUACCAUGGUAGGGGUAGCGACUGGAGCGUCUCCUUAGCAUCCCAUGGUGAUGUCUGUGUUUUUGGCACUGAAGGUGCGAGUUUGGUCUCAGACGGUGUAGAUUUGGCUGGCAAGCAUAGCGGGUGUAAAUCUGGAUCAGGUUGUGCUCUGAAUUCCCAGACACUUUGGCAAGCAACAGAGAGCUUUUCUAGGCAUGGGCUUGCUGACGGGUUCCAGCGCUGAUGCUUCUUUAUCCUCUGACUGUCUUUGUGCUGCUGUGACUCUCUUGUCCCCCAGCCCUACCCCCCAGCUCAAAGGGCCCCUGGAUUAUUUUUGUAUUUAGUUUUAUUUACAUUUGAAUCAGAAUGUUUUCUCUCUCGCUCCCUCUGUUAAAGAUAAAUUAAUAUAUUUUACUAUUUCAGUGCAUUGAAGGGUCUGAACUGUGAAUUUUACUUGGAGUAAUGUAGACCUCCUCCUUUAAAAGAAAUCUCCUCCAGUCCCUUUCUGAGUCCAGCUGUCAGUCUGUUUAUUACCUUUAAAGAAAUGGAUUCCUGCCCUCCUCUCAGCUGCUUAGCUGACCACAGGACUUCAGCCCACGCAGGGUUAAUGUCUACAACAGCCCUGCCUUUCAAACUCCACCCCCAGGCCUGGGUGUUGGGAAGUGGUUUGCUAUAGAAUGGUAGGCUGUACUCCAGGGGGCUAGCAGAGGGGUAUGGAUGGGUCAGGACAUCUCAUCCUGCAGAGGCACCAGAGAAGACUUGUUGGUACAAGGCCCCUGAGGUGUUCUGCUCACCCAUGCCUCAGUGCUUCUAUAAAGCCCUGAAAUCUGGGCUCAGCUUCACCCUUUAAUAUAGAUCUGUACAGAGGCACCCACAUGUCUUCUCUUGGCUCCCAAAGGCCCUGCCCCUUACCCAGGGUGAAGAUGUGUCAGCAGGCAAGUACUAGCCUAUCAGAAGGGGACACACAACUUGCCUCCUGUAGACUUCGUCAUGCUAGAGUGACUUUGUUUUACUGCCAGAUAAUGGAUUUUAUGGUGAGUUCCAGAGUAUGCAUUCCCUGGGAGCUCUCCCUGCUGUUUAAAGAUCAGAGAUAUGAUUGGUUGGGACUGGUUACUUCCUCUGGUUGUAGGCCAUGGCUGAUUGAUCUUGGUUGGUCCCUUCUUGAUGGGGGAUUAUGAAAGGUGCUAAGUGUGUAUGUCGAUCCAUGGUGAUCAAAUGGCCUGUAUGGAGUUCAAUUUCCUCCCACUAAAA